UGUGAUGAAUUUGGUUUAUCUCUUACAAUUACCAAACCUUUACCAUCACUACUCCCACUUCCAACACCCAAUACGAAUCAAAGCCCACACGCUUUUCCAUUCAUUCAUUUCGUCAUCGCCUCUCAUCUUCCCCUUUUCUCCUAUAUCUCCGACGGAUUUCCGGCCGCCGAUCUCUGUUGACUCCACUCGGUAUUCACUUAUCUUGCUUUCUUUCUGAUUUCUCGCUUUCUGGGUCUCCAUAUCUCAGUGUUCUUCACAUGGGUUUCUGUUUUUUGGGCUCUUCAAUCACUUCACCUCAUUGGUUUUUGAUGAUUUGAUGCAAAUUCUUGAUAUGGCUUUGUGGGUUUCUCUUAAUUGGAAUUGUGGAUGCCUUGGUUCUCUGUUUCUGGAGUUUUGGGGCUGGAGUGAAGCAGAUUAGAGCAUGUUAGGAGUUUAAUUGUUUUGGUUUUAGGGGUUUUUGAGCUUUGAUCUGUUGCUGGGAUUUGGUUAGCGUGUUGUGCUGAAUCAUUCUGUUGUUCCUUUUGAGAAAUGGAGACUGGUUAUGGAGGUGAAGCUUGUCAAUUGUAUGGUAUGGGGUCUAGGGAUUUGAGGGCUGCUGUUGGGAAGAAGAGCCUUGAAUGGGAUUUGAAUGAUUGGAAAUGGGAUGGAGAUCUUUUUAUUGCUAGGCCUUUAAAUUUGGUGGAGUCUGAUCAUUUAGGUAGCCAAGUUUUUCCAAUUGUCUCUGGGAUUCCCUUGACCGGUGGCUCGUCGAACAGUUCGUCGUCGUGUUCUGAUGAAGCUAAUACGGGGAUCGAGAAAGGGAAAAGGGAAGUGGAGAAGAGAAGGAGGGAUAAUGUUAUGGAAGAUGAGAAUCUUAAUGAUGAAGCUCGUAGUUUGAGUUUGAAGGUUGGUGGAAAUGGUUGUCAAAUUGUUGAGAAAGAAGCAGGGAAUUGGGAAGGAAGUAGUGGCAAGAAGACUAAACUAAGCGGGGGAAACUCGAGUCGUGCGGUUUGCCAGGUAGAGGACUGUGGAGCUGAUCUUAGCAAUGCUAAAGAUUAUCACAGAAGACAUAAAGUCUGUGAAAUGCAUUCGAAGGCGAGUAAUGCGCUCGUUGCUAACGUUAUGCAGCGAUUCUGUCAACAAUGUAGCAGGUUCCAUGUUCUUCAGGAGUUCGAUGAAGGAAAACGGAGUUGUCGAAGGCGUUUGGCUGGCCAUAAUAAGCGCAGAAGAAAGAACAAUCCUGAUAAUGUUGUUAAUGGAAACUCCCCACCUGAUGAGCAGACUAGUAGCUAUUUACUGUUAACUCUAAUGCGAAUACUUGCAAAUUUGCACUCCAAUGGAUCAAACAAGACCACAGACCAAGAUCUUCUUUCGAAUCUUAUACGGAUCCUUGCCUGUCAAUCUGGUGAGCACGGCGGUAAAAACCGAUCUGGGAUUCUGCAUGAACCUCAGAAUUUGCUGAACGGGGCUAAAUCCGAUCUAGUUUGUACUUUUCUCUCAAAUGGUCCUCAGGUACCUUUGAGAUCUUCUAAACAACCUGACACGAUACCGAUAUCCGAGACACCAGUACAAGCAACUGUUCGAGGUGGAGAUACACCAGCUAUAUCUUCUGUAAAACCAAGCACUUCAAACAGCCCUCCCGCGUAUUCAGAAAUCAGGGACAAUACGGUUGGACAGUGCAAAAUGAUGAACUUUGAUUUGAACGAUGUUUAUGUCGACUCGGACGAUGGCAUGGAAGACAUUGAGAGACAAGCACGCCCAGUAGUGCAUAUGGGAACAAGUUCUCUUGAAUGUCCUUCUUGGGUGCAACAAGACUCUCAUCAGUCAAGCCCUCCUCAAACUAGUGGAAAUUCAGAUUCAGCAUCUGCCCAUUCACCUUCUAGCUCUGCUGGAGAAGCUCAGAGCCGUACAGAUCGGAUCAUUUUGAAAUUGUUCGGGAAAGCACCAAAUGAUUUUCCUCACGUUUUACGAGCUCAGGUUCUCAAUUGGUUAUCACAUAGUCCCACAGAGAUAGAGAGCUAUAUCAGGCCUGGUUGUGUUGUUCUAACAAUAUACCUACGACAGACUGAGGCUGCAUGGAACGAUCUUUGCCAUGACCUCAGUACCAGUUUGAAUAGGCUUCUUGAUGUUUCCGACGAAGCUUUCUGGAGAACUGGAUGGGUUUACGUUCGGGUUCAGCAUCAAAUAGCUUUCGUUUAUCAUGGUCAGGUCGUAGUCGACACAUCCUUGCCUCUUAGAAACAAGAAUUACUGUCGUAUCACAAGCGUAAACCCCGUUGCCGUUCCUUUAUCUAAGAAGGCUAUAUUUUCGGUUAAAGGAAUAAACUUGACCCGAUCGACAACUAGGUUACUAUGUGCAAUUGAAGGGACAUAUCUUACUCAGGAAGCUUCAGAUGAUUCAACAGAAAGUGAUGAUAACUCAAACGCACGAGACGACAGCCAAUGCGUAACCUUUUCUUGCUCGAUUCCUGUCGUCUAUGGAAGGGGAUUCAUCGAGGCUGAAGAUGAUGGUUUGAGCAGCAGUUCCUUUCCUUUUAUAGUUGCAGAAGAGGAUGUUUGUACAGAGAUCUGCACACUUCAAAGUGCUUUAGAAUUUACUGAAAUAUGUUCAAAUUCUGGGGAAACUACGGAGCUGGAAGGAAGGAGUAAUGCAAUGGAGUUUAUCCAUGAAAUUGGUUGGCUGUUUCAUAGAAAUCACUUGAAGUCUAGAUUAGGUAACUUGGAUCCUAACGAAAAUCUCUUUUCGCUGUCACGGUUCAAGUGGCUCGUCGAGUUCUCCAUGGACCAUGAUUGGUGUGCUGUGGUUAAAAAGCUCUUGGAUGUCCUUCUUGAUGGGACUGUGGACUUUGGAGAUCACCCGUCGUUGAAUUUUGCGUUGACCGAAAUGAGUCUACUUCACCGAGCAGUGAGAAAAAACAGCCGGUCGUUGGUCGAGCUCCUUUUGGGUUACCCUUCAAAAGUGAAGGACUCAUCAAGUUCUGAUGGAUCGACCAGUAGCUUCCUGUUUAGACCUGAUGUCGUUGGCCCGGCCGGGUUGACCCCUCUUCACAUUGCAGCUGGUAAAGAUGAUUCCAUGGAUGUUCUCGAUGCGUUAACUAAUGAUCCGGGAAUGGUAGGAGUUGAGGCUUGGAAGAGUGCUCGAGACGUCACAGGCUCGACACCUGAGGAUUACGCUCGUUUGCGUGGCCAUUACUCGUAUAUUCGUCUCGUCCAGAGGAAAAUCAACAAGAGAUCUUCAGCUGGGCAUGUGGUGCUGGACAUUCCUAGUACUGUCUCAGAUGGUAGCUGGAACCAGAAGCAGAACACUGAUAUGAUGACCUCCUCCAGGUUUGAGAUUGGUAGGACAAAACUAAAGCAUUCUCAGCAGGAUUGCAGCCGUUGUGUUAUGAAACCGAGCGGUUUCGGAACGUCGUCUAAAGCGUCUCUGGUCUACCGGCCUGCAAUGCUUUCAAUGGUGGCCAUUGCUGCUGUGUGUGUGUGUGUGGCGCUCUUAUUCAAAAGCUCGCCCGAGGUUCUCUAUGUCUUCCGCCCGUUCCGAUGGGAACUACUAGAAUACGGUACUAGUUAGACCCGUCGAUUACUUAUCUAUCUACCUGACUAAACUAAAGGUAAUGUAUUUGUAUGGAGUUAUGAAACCUGUAAUGAGUUCCAGAUUGGUAUACUUUAUUCUUAUGUUAUCGAAUUUCGCUAAA